UCCACCACCCGUCUCGGCUGCCGUUUCCCCGGGUCGGCCAAACCCAACCUACUCGCGGUCUCGUCUCAGUUCUCUGCAGGCGAACGAUGGAGACUGGCGAUCGCCUCCCGAUCCGUGGCGGAGAGACGCUGGCGAGCGCCAUGAAGCAGGAGCGGCGUUGGAGAUCGCACCACCCCAAAUCCUCCUCGUCUUCAUCCGCUUCGCAAUCGAGCAGAGCCCCCCUCGUCAUGGGCUUCUUGUCUUGCCUCGCCUGGCUCUACGUCGCCGGCCGAUUGUGGCAAGACGCGGAGAACCGGUUGCUGUUGUCAGAUCUGCUUCAGAAGAAUUCCGGCCAUCUGCCGAAGGUCCUUACCGUCGAAGAUAAACUGCUGAAUCUUGGAUGCAAAGAAAUUGGGCGGAAGACAGUGGAGGCCGAGAUGGACUUGACGUUGGCGAAGAGUCAGGGAUAUUUGAGGGGGAAUGUGACUUCUUCCGAGAAGAAGCUUCUCGCAGUUGUUGGAGUUUAUACAGGAUUUGGGAGCCGCAUCAAAAGGAACAUAUUCCGGGGUUCUUGGAUGCCUAGAGGCGAUGCCUUGAGGAAGCUUGAGGAAAAGGGUGUUGUCAUCCGAUUUGUAAUUGGUCGAAGUGCUAAUCGAGGUGAUAGCUUAGACCGUAAUAUUGAUGAUGAAAAUCGCCAGACAAAGGAUUUCUUGAUUCUUGAAAGUCAUGAGGAAGCUGCAGAAGAGUUGCCUAGAAAAGCUAAAUUCUUCUUCAGCUCAGCAGUUGAAUCAUGGGAUGCCGAGUUCUAUGUUAAGGUUGAUGAUAAUAUUAAUCUUGAUCUAGAUGGAUUAAUAGAGAUUCUUGAAAAACGUCGUGGAGGCCAUGGCUUGUACAUGGGCUGCAUGAAGUCUGGUGGUGUCAUAAGUGAAGAGGGAAGACAGUGGUAUGAACCUGAGUGGUGGAAAUUUGGAGAAGCAAAGUCGUAUUUCCGUCAUGCUGCUGGUUCUCUUAUUAUAUUAUCAAAUAAUUUAGCUCGUUACAUCAACAUAAACAGUGCAUCUCUCCAGACAUAUGCUCAUGAUGAUACAUCAGUAGGUUCCUGGAUAAUUGGUCUCGACGCAACAUAUGUGGACGAUGAUCAUCUUUGCUGUAGCAGUUCUAGACAAGAAAAAGUAUGUUCCAUGGCUUGAGGAACAAUGGAACUCAGGUGUUGCAACCCAGCUUCGUGACUCUAUACUUUCCUGGUUGUUUGUCGUGACACUAUAGGAAGAUCAUUUUGACAAUGGACUUACAGUUUGCAUUGGACUUUCUAAAAGCUCUCUCAAUUCAGAAAGACUCGACAUCGAGAAGCCCUGAUUAAAGUGACCAAUUCUCCCAUCUUACAGUGUACCACGACAUCCAUCACAAACUUUUCCUUUCACAGAAGCCUAUCUAUCCAAAGUUUCAGGAGCAGAUGUAAGCUAACAAGGAUAGACCGAACUAAUGCUUGUGAUGGUUGCUGGUCUAUUACAUAUGCUUCUUUACAUGAUUAGGCAUUCCUAAUUUUUGCUGUAGAGAUUCGAGUGAUAUCAUUGUUUGGUACUCUGUUAUUGAAUGAUAAGAAAAAACAUAUGAAGUCUUGUGCCGUUCUUUUGUUUUGAUUGGUGCACUUUAUAGAAAUAAAAAGUAUAAAUUACUUGUAG